AUGGCGGUAGCGGCGGCGGGUGGCGGCGGGGGCGGCCGGGCGCAGCGCAGCGGCUGGCUGGAAGUUUUGGUGCGGGAGCGCUGGCACAAAGUGCUGGCCAACUUGGGCGGCGAGGCGCUGGUGCUGAGCGGCGAGGAGCGCCCCGACGGCGCGGCCCACAACGGCUUGAGCGGCGAUGGGGCGGCGUGCCGCGGGGCCGAGGGCGGCGGAGCGGCGGCGGUGCGCACCGCCUUCACCGACCCCCCGGAGCAGGUGCCUGAGGUCGUCUCCAACAAGAAGCGGUGCGUGAAGGUGCUGAAGCAGGAGAUGGGCGGGCUAGGCAUCAGCAUCAAGGGGGGCAAAGAGAACAAGAUGCCCAUCCUGAUCAGCAAGAUCUUCAAGGGGCUAGCGGCCGAUCAGACCCAGGCUCUCUACGUGGGCGAUGCCAUCCUGGCAGUCAACGGCACUGACCUGCGGGAUGCUACCCACGACGAGGCGGUGCAGGCGCUCAAGCGGGCCGGCAAGGAGGUGCUGCUGGAAGUGAAGUACAUGAGAGAAGCAACACCCUACGUGAAGAAAGGCUCUCCUGUUUCAGAAAUUGGGUGGGAGACGCCUCCUCCCGAAUCUCCCCGCUUGGGUUGCACCUCAGCCGACCCUCUGUCGCAGCUUUCACUCUCCAUCCACAGGGACAGGAAGACAAUACCACUCAAGAUGUGCUAUGUGACACGCAACAUGACAGUGCCAGACCCUGAAAACAGACUUAUUGAAGUUCAUUCACCUGAUGCCAAGCACACCGUGGUGCUCAGGAGUAAGGACUCAGCUACAGCCCAGGCCUGGUUCAAUGCCAUCCACUCCAGUGUCAAUGAGCUCAUCCCCAGGGUGAUUUCAGAGGUCAGAGACCAGCUGGGUAAAACAGGGAUUGCUGGAAGUCGAGAGAUUAGGCAUCUAGGCUGGCUUGCAGAAAAGGUGCCAGGAGACAAUGAGAAGCACUGGAAGCCAGUGUUAGUGGUCUUGACAGAGAAAGACCUCCUAAUAUAUGAGAGCAUGCCACGGAUGAAGGAAGCUUGGUUCAGCCCUCUGCAUACCUACCCCCUGCUAGCCACCAGGUUGGUCCAUUCUGGCCCGGGAAAAGGCUCACCACGGUCAGGGAUGGAUUUGUCCUUUGCCACCCGUACCGGUACACGGCAGGGGAUUGAAACCCAUCUGUUUAGGACAGAGACCAGCCGAGACCUCUCCCUGUGGACGAGGAGCAUAGUGCAGGGCUGCCACAAUUCCGCGGAGCUCAUCACAGAAAUCACCACAUCUUGCACAUAUAAAAGCCAGGAGUGCCGUUUGACCAUCCACUAUGAGCAUGGAUUCUCUCUUACCACUGAAGUGAAAGAUGGUGCCUUCUCCAAGACAAUUGCACAAUACCCCUAUGAAAGACUCAAAAUGUCCUCUGACGAUGGGAUCAGGAUGCUUUAUUUAGACUUUGGAGGAAAGGAUGGAGAAAUUCAACUGGACCUUCAUUCCUGUCCAAAACCAAUUGUGUUCAUCAUUCAUUCCUUCCUCUCAGCAAAGAUUACAAGACUUGGCUUGGUGGCGUAA